AUGAGAGCAAGGCAGCUGGUGUGUGGAAUCUGGAGUCUGUGUUUCACGUUCUGCCUUUUCUGCAUCUUUCUUCACCAAACGACAGCUAAAAGAAAACUGAAGUUUGUGUCUGUAGUAUUUCGCCAUGGUGACCAUACCCCACAGGAGUUUUUUCCAACUGAUAAGCACAGAGAAGCUGGAAGGCAGCAAGGAUGUGGACAGCUUACCAAGCUUGGCAUACAGCAACAGUACGAGCUUGGCCAGUACAUGCGGAGGAGAUACUCUUAUUUCCUGAGUGUUGCAUACAAGCAGCGUGAGAUUUAUGUUCAAAGCACUGAUUGUGAUUACACACUUACGAGUGCUCAGGCAAGUCUUGCCGGGCUGUACCCACCAACACAGGACCAGAUUUGGAACCCUGGAAUCCUUUGGCAGCCAAUUCCAGUCCACACGGUGCCACUGUCACAUGAUAGGUUGCUCUACUUCCCUUUCUCACACUGUCCAAAAUACAACGAGCUUCUGAGAGAAACCUUUGCAACACGGGAUUUCCAAAGGCAACUUAAGCAGUACAGGCCAUUUCUGAAGUUUUUAGCCACCCAUACAGGUUACCCAUUGAAGAAGUUGAACACUGAAAGAAUCUGGAAGCUCUCUGACACUUUACAACAUGAGGAUAUUAACAAUUACACUGUACCUGUUUGGGCUACUCAUGGUGUCAGGACCAAGCUAACAAAGCUCUCAGAAUUGUUGCUGCACGCGGAAUUUGGGUUCCACAAACAAAUACAGAAAUCACGUUUGCAGGGAGGUAUUCUGUUAAAAAAUAUUCUAAAGCAUAUCUCAGAUGCUAGAAAGCCUUCACACCAGCAAAAAAUGGUUAUGUAUUCUGCGCAUGCAGCCACCAUUGCUGCCUUACAGAUGGCACUCAAUGUCUUCAAUGGGAAACUGCCUCCUUACAGUGCCUGUCACUUUUUUGAACUUUACCAGGAAAAAAAUGGGCAAUACACCAUAGAAAUGUACUAUCGGAAUAAUACUCAGAGAGAUCCUCACCCCCUCACUCUCCCUGGCUGCAGAUUCCGCUGUCCACUGGAGAGAUUCACUCAGUUGGUCGCCCCAGUCCUGGUACACUACUGGACAAGAGAAUGUAGGAUGUAGGACAUAAAACGAGGUGUUCCCUCCAUGGUUUUCAGUGUGAUUAGCUUCAUGAAACAUCUCCUCCCACACUGUGACGUGACAACAGUCUAACAUUUCUCAUUAACUUCCAUCACAUGACAAAGAGUCUCCUGAUGUCCAUCAAAGGAAAACAUGCUAAAAUUGUAAGAA